GUUUUUAAUACGUAUCGGCGGGGUGGGCCAGAGCCCGACGGAAGUGCUAUGUGUUGUCGGAAGUGGUGAGAGAAAGAUCGUGAUGGCGGCUGCGAUUUUAGCCGAGAAGGUGCCGGUGGACAGCGCGGAGGAGGCGGAGCAGCCCCUGGCCGUCCCCGCGGAGCUAGCCGCCCAGAAGCGCGAACAGAGGCUGCGCAAAUUCCGGGAGCUGCACCUGAAGCGGAAUGAAGCUCGUAAAUUAAAUCACCAGGAAGUUGUUGAAGAAGAUAAAAGACUUAAGUUACCUGCUAACUGGGAAGCUAGAAAGGCUCGUCUAGAAUGGGAGCUGCAGGAAGAAGAAAAGAAGAAGGAAUGUGCAGCGAGAGGGGAGGACUAUGAGAAAGUGAAGCUGCUGGAGAUCAGUGCAGAAGAUGCAGAAAGAUGGGAGAGGAAGAAGAGGAGAAACCCUGACCUGGGAUUCUCAGAUUAUGCUGCUGCCCAGUUACGCCAGUAUCAUCGGCUGACCAAGCAGAUCAAACCUGACAUGGAAACCUAUGAGAGACUGAGAGAAAAACAUGGAGAAGAGUUUUUCCCAACAUCCAACAGUCUUCUUCAUGGAACACACGUGCCUUCCACAGAAGAGGUUGAUAGGAUGGUCAUGGAUCUGGAAAAACAAAUUGAAAAACGAGACAAAUAUAGCCGGAGACGUCCUUAUAAUGACGAUGCAGACAUCGACUACAUUAAUGAAAGGAAUGCCAAAUUCAACAAGAAGGCAGAAAGAUUCUAUGGAAAAUACACAGCUGAAAUUAAACAGAAUUUAGAAAGAGGAACAGCAGUCUAAUCCCUUCAGGAAUUGUUUUUAGAAGCUUGAGAAUGCUGGCAAAUUGAAGUUCUCUUCAAAGUUCUACCAGGACUCUCUCUACUAUGCCUUCCCACUCAGCAUUUAGAAAUAAAUGCUUUUUCUUAAACGCAUUCUUCCAUGUAUAUUCCCACAUUUCUGUGCUUGGAUAUAAGAUGUAUUUUGAGAGGUAGUGUACUUGUUUUGUAAAAAAUCUACUUUGUAUAAAUACUAAUUAUUUUUCUAUGUAUUUUAAAUGGGUAUGAUUAUUUAAUCUUUGAAGCAUUUUGGGCUUAAGAUUGUUGCAGCAUACAUAAAUGCAGCCGUUGUUGCCUUGAAUGUUACAGAUUUGACAAAAGCUAGAGCUGGACUCGGCAACCUCUUGAGGUUGUAGACUUGGAAGCUAAGUACAGUGAGGAGGAAGGCGGCCAUGGCUACUGGAGGGUUCUCUCUACCCAUGGCCUCUUAAGACCAAGUUCAGGAAGCAGCAGACCCAUGAAUAUUGACCAUAUACAGUUCCUUUUAAAAAAGCAAAUAUCCUGUGGGAUAGAAUGCCUAUGAAGCACUAGUAUUUAAAACAAGUAUUUGUAUAUAUAUAUACAUUUGUAUAUAUACGCAAAAUUAUGUGCUUUCGUUCAAUAAACAUUAAAACAUUUUUUUAAUUAUGGGGAAUUCAAAACAGUCAAAAGAAGACAGAAUAAUACAAUGAAUCCCAUAUACCCAAUACCUAUCUUCAGUAACCAACUCCUGGCCAGUUUUGUUUCAUCUUCAUUUCUAUCUACUUUCCCCUCCGUGGGUCCCAUGUUAUUUCGAAGCAAAUAUAAAUGUAUAAUUUUGUCUAUAAAUAUUUCAGUAUUUGAAAGAUGAAGACCACUAUACUAUUACCACAAUAGUUUUAUAUUAAUAAAAAGUCCAGAGAGAAA